AUGAAGGACAACAUUCUUCACGUUGCAGCAAUCAAGGGACAUGCAAAUGUGAUAAAAUACUUAUUGAAAAAUCCUAUGAUUCAUCGUGACACUGUCAAUGAGAGAGGCUUGUAUGGAGAUACCCCGCUGCAUCUGGCUUCAAAAAAAUUACAUCUUUGGACUCUGCUCCUUCUUUCACAAGACAAAAUAUCAAUGCGAAUCUGGUCAAUAAUGAAGUUCUUAGCGGAUGUGAUUUUAAGAAGAGCUGGGGUGCUGCUCAAGGCAAAUAUGCUAGGUGUGCCCUGGGAAGUAUCAGCCAACGAAGAUUGGAAAGUGAAAGACGCAGCUGAAACACUCAUACUUGUGGCCAUACUGAUAGCUACAGUGACAUUUGCUGCUGGUUCACAGUACCAGGUAUUCAUGGCUUUCAACACAAUAGCCAUGUACAGCUCCACCAUUGGUUCUACUAUUCUUCUUUGGGUCCCGCUAGGUGAUCUUCGUUUUGCAGAAAGAGCGUACGGACUUGCUAAGAUUUUUGUUUAUGUUGCUCUUAUAACCAUGCCUGUGGCAUUCCUAGCUGCUAUACGUUUGGUUAUCAGCAAUAACACGUUGCUUGCAGAUGUCAUCAGUGUCAUUGGAUUCAUCUCCAUUUUCUUCAUCAUAUUUGUUCGCCUCUUAGGAAGGUUUCCUCUUGGAUGUCGUCUUCCCAUUUUUCGUCAACUUGGAGAUUUCUUUAUGUGGAUUAUUCUUAUUUUAUUUUAUGGAAGCAAUGACAUUUUUGUUGAAGAUGAUGGUGAAAUUGAUCGAGAGUCUCAAGAUGAUGAAGCCAACCAAAUCAAUCUAGUCCGUAAAUAUUAUUCCCUACUUUCUCGUUUUGUUGCUUUCCAUCUUCCUCGCUUUGGUUUGCCUCUAUCUGCUGUGCGCACGUAG